GCUUCGAGACGAUGAAGGCAGUGGCAAGUUGAGACGUGUCCCAUAUCGGCUGAGACUGCUAGUCAGUGCGUGUUGGAUUGGGGUUUACAGACAGUCUAAACGACAGGUCCAGAAGAGUUCACCGAGUUUAUAGAAUCGAAGUGUCCAGUCCCUUCAGAUGUUAUUCGGGGGAUUGGUGGGGACUCCACAAGGGUCUGGUCAAUUGGGUCGACUCCGGACACCUUUUCCAAUGUGCGUAAAACGGUUUUAUCUCCUCGUCCUCUUUUCCGGACUAGCAACUUCAGGCGUGUUACCGGUCAGUGGGAUGAGGGUGUACACGCCGGGGGAGGUGGAGGCGGUGAACGGCACAGAUGUGCGGCUGAAAUGUACCUUCCAGAGCAGCUCGCCCAUCACCCCAGCAACGCUCACUGUCUCAUGGAGCUUCCGCCCCCUCGAACCUGGCCGUGAGGAGUCAGUGUUCUACUACCAUGAGAGGCCUUACCCUCCCCCAGAAGGGCGUUUCCAUAAGCGGGCGACAUGGGCGGGUGAUAUCAUGGGGCGGGACGCCUCCAUCGUGGUGCGUGAGGUCAAGUUCACCUACAACGGGACGUUCAGCUGCCAGGUGAAGAACCCUCCGGACGUCCACGGCAACGCGGGGGAGGUGAAACUGACCGUGGUCACCACAGCCUCCUUCUCUGAGAUUGUCAUUCUGGCUGUAGCCAUCGGGGGCGCCAUCAUGCUGAUGGUCAUACUCCUCGUCAUCAUCAUGUCAAUAAGGCAAUGUCUCAAGAAGAGACAGGAGGAGUGGGUGGAGGAACUGCCUCGCAGAGAGAGAAAGGACCCUACAGUGUGCCACCCUGCAAGGGCCAUCCACCUGUAUAUGGACGAUGACGUGCUGGAGGUUGACAGCUCGGACUGUAUGAUCUCUGAGGCCAGCACUAAGGACCCCAGUUCCUCUGAGGAAGACGACAGGAGCUCUGACUACGACGGAGACUGACCAGGUGAAUCCAGGUGACCUGUGAUUUCUUAAUCCAGCCCUGCCUCUGAGCAUGGCAGCCAGGACGACAUAACAGCAGGGAUCAGGAGACGAGAACAUGAGGGGAAUGCCUUUACAGUAUUGUAUCUCAAGCGGUGUAUGAAGCAGAGUUUGAAGAGUCUAGAACAAGAAUACACCAGAAUCCUAUUGGAUGUAGAUGAUGAUGAAGUUUUAGAGGUAAAAUAGGAAGCACCAGGCAGCAUAGCAGACUAGUAUGGCCCAAAGCAGGACAGGGGGAGAGGGACAGAACACUGCUUCCUGAAUGAGUUGAGAGGAGCUGCAGAAAGAAAAAAUUGGGAUCUCACUUAACAAAAGGGAUGUAUUACAUCAAGAAUGUUGGACUGAUUUGAAUAGUGUUCCGUUUAUAUGGAAAAAUAACAACUAUUGCAGUCUUACAACGAUGAUUGACUGUCCCCAGUGCUCGCGGGGGUGCGUGGGAGUUGAAGAGUCGCAUGCAGUCAGAUCUGAAAACCCUUUGAUUCCAAAAAUCUCCUUGAGACUUUUUAUUUUAUUAACGGAGGAUGCAUCCUACUCACAUUUUACCGUACCACUUUUUUACAGAAUUUUGUAUUGUACAACUGAGAAAUGUGUUUUUUGUCUCUGCAUUUUAGACACGCAAGAAGUAUGUUCUCCUGUCGUUUAAGAAAUUCCAAGUUAAUGUUAUUGUUUGAUUUAUAAUAAAAUUCCUUUUACUGAA